CCGCCACCGCCACCGCCAACCGCGCCCCCGCACCGCCGCCCGCUUCCUGCAUGACUGUCACAAAGAUGUCCUGGCGACCGCAGUACCGCAGCUCCAAGUUCCGGAACGUCUACGGGAAGGUGGCCAACCGCGAGCACUGCUUCGACGGCAUCCCCAUCACCAAGAACGUGCACGAUAACCACUUCUGCGCCGUCAACGCCCGCUUCCUGGCCAUCGUCACUGAGAGCGCGGGCGGCGGCUCCUUCCUCGUCAUCCCCCUGGAGCAGACCGGCAGGAUUGAGCCCAACUACCCCAAGGUCUGUGGUCAUCAGGGCAACGUGCUGGACAUCAAAUGGAACCCCUUCAUCGACACCGUCAUCGCCUCGUGCUCCGAGGACACGUCGGUGCGGAUCUGGGAGAUCCCCGAGGGCGGGCUGAAGCGGAACAUGACGGAGGCCCUGCUGGAGCUGCAUGGGCACAGCCGGCGCGUGGGGCUGGUCGAGUGGCACCCCACCACCAACAACAUCCUGUUCAGUGCCGGCUAUGACUACAAGGUCCUCAUCUGGAACCUGGACGUGGGCGAGCCGGUGAAGAUGAUCGACUGCCACACGGACGUGAUCCUGUGCCUGUCCUUCAACACGGACGGCAGCCUGCUCACCACCACGUGCAAGGACAAGAAGCUGCGCGUGAUUGAGCCCCGCUCUGGCCGGGUUCUGCAGGAGGCAAGCUGCAAAAACCACAGAGUGAACCGGGUGGUGUUCCUGGGGAACAUGAAACGGCUCCUCACGACGGGGGUCUCCAGGUGGAACACGAGACAGAUCGCCCUCUGGGACCAGGAGGACCUGUCCAUGCCCCUGAUCGAGGAGGAGAUUGAUGGCCUCUCUGGCCUCCUGUUCCCCUUCUACGACGCCGACACCCACAUGCUCUACCUGGCUGGAAAGGGGGACGGAAAUAUCCGGUACUACGAGAUCAGCACGGAGAAGCCCUACCUGAGUUACCUCAUGGAGUUCCGAUCCCCGGCUCCGCAGAAAGGCCUGGGGGUCAUGCCCAAACACGGCCUGGACGUGUCGGCCUGCGAGGUGUUCCGCUUCUACAAGCUGGUGACGCUCAAGGGCCUCAUCGAGCCCAUCUCCAUGAUCGUGCCGCGGAGGUCGGAUUCCUACCAGGAAGACAUCUACCCCAUGACGCCAGGCACGGAGCCAGCUCUGACCCCGGACGAGUGGCUGGGAGGCAUCAACCGAGAUCCCGUGCUGAUGUCUUUGAAAGAAGGCUACAAGAAGUCAUCGAAACUGGUAUUUAAGGCUCCCGUCAGAGAAAAGAAGAGUGUCGUGGUCAACGGCAUAGACUUGCUAGAAAACGUCCCACCCCGGACGGAGAACGAGCUCCUCCGCAUGUUCUUCCGGCAGCAAGACGAGAUCCGGCGGCUGAAAGAGGAGCUCACCCAGAAAGACAUCCGCAUUCGGCAGCUGCAGCUGGAGCUGAAGAACUUGCGCAACAGCCCCAAGAACUGCUAGCUCCCGCGGGGGCUGCCGGCCAAGCCGGCCCCUGAACGGCCCCUUCUCCACCGCCCCCAGAGACAGAGCCAGGACUGGAGCCGGCCGUGGACCGGAAGCAGACCUUUGACCUUCUGACCCCUCCUCUCCUGGACCCCCCCACCCCAGCGGGCAGCCCCUUUCGCUGCCACAGCCCCCGCCCCCGGCGCCCCCUGGGGCCAGGCCUCCCCUCCGCGGGGUGAGGACCACAGACUCUCUUAGGACAGAGGAGGAGGCGGGGCCACAGCUAGACUUAGAACUUGAACUUGGCCCUCCCGCAGGGGAGGGGACUGUAGGCCCCCUGAGCCCUCCAGCUGCGCUCUGUCUCUCCCCGCCCCCGGCCCCCUUGUCUUCAGGGAACCCAGAGGAUGCUCUCCAAGGCCAUAAUGACCCCUUGCCUUCCCGUGAUUCUGCUCAGAGCUCUUGCACACCCUUUUCCCACUUAACUGGUGAGCCAGGCAGGGUAGGCUCACGUGACAAGUGACAGAACCGAGGGUCCCAGAGGGGAAGCGACUUACUGAGUCACCCAGCAGGUCAGGCCCAGGCCCCUGGCUGUUCAGUCCCCACUUCCCAGGGCCUUGCCAACCCUACCAUGGGCUUCCCCAGAAAGGACUGGAAGCCACACCUCCCGUCUGCCCAACACCGGCCGUGCCAACAUGCCACACUGCCCGUUGAGGCCCCUCACGCGCCCACACCCUCUGCUCUGCUCGUCCCCCCGGGGGGCUCCCCCUGAGAUGAGGCCUCUUCCUCCUGGCAGCUGAGGCUGAGAAAGGUGGGGCCUGGCCCUGGGGCAGGCAGAACAGGGCUCCCCGGGGGCUUCCGGGCGUGCACAGCGUGUCCCCCACUCCGCGAUCUCAGCCACUUCCAGCCUUAGCCCCGUGGAACGACCUCGGUCACUCGCAUCCGUACAGCACUUUAACGUUUACACGGAGGAUCUCACGGAGCCCCACGUCUGCGGAAGCCCAGGGGCGCGGCCCCAGGUCGCACCCCACCUUGGGACGCUGCCGCGUUGCAUGGGGUCUCUCCACGUUUUCCUUCUGUUUUGUUUUCCCUUCUUUCUCUCCGCCUUUCAUUUCCACUCCAUGCAGAGUCCAGAGUCACCGUUGUCAGAAAAGUCACAGUUUGGGGGGCGAGAUCUGAGGAUUAACGUCCACGCUUCACUCUGGAGCCAGGAGCUACCUGCCGUGCUGUAGCCACGCCUGCUUUGCCCUGGCCACCCUGCAGGACAGCCUGUGUGCAGAGGCCAGGUGAGCUGGACAGGGAGGAGCCCCUCACCCCUCCAAGACCCCUGCCCCUCUCCAGCCGGCUCAGGCAGGGUCUCUGCCCCCAGCCCACAGAUGGACUGCAUUAGCUCUCAUCUCCCCACCACACACCUCCACGCUUUUUUUUUUUUUCUUCCCCACUGACCUCGUGGUCUUCUGUGAUUAUUUAUGCUGCCUCCUAAGGAUAGAAUUGAAAUAAAAAGUU